GUGACGCGGCUGCGGGGGUUCUUAGCCGAGCGGCGGAGGCGGCUGCUGAGUCCUGGUGGUGGCAUGGACAAAAAAUGGAUUGAAGAAAAAGAGCAAGUAAAUGAUAUAGGAAACAUGUGUGGCAAGAAGAAACCAUAUAGAUAUUCAAAGGAAAAGCUACUUGAAAUCAAAGAGUACCCAUAUGCAAAACAAAGACCAGCAUGUCUUUUGGAAAAAUAUGACAGUGAAGGCAUCUGGGAUCCUGAAAAGUGGCAUGCAUCCUUGUAUCCCAAUUCUGGCAGGAAUUCGCCACUAGAUGGAACUAAGAAGGACUGUGCUUCAGAUUUGGAGAGAGCAGUUCUCAAGCGAAGAAUUGCAGAUCCACGAGAGAGAAUAAAGGAAGAAGAUCUUGAUGUUGUACUCAGUCCUCAGCGCCGAAGCUUUGGUGGUGGCUGUCAUGUGACCAAUACCUCCAAUAGUCGACGAUCUGGAAGCCCAUUGGAAAAUAAAGAGAAUGAAAAUAUCCGCGGGUUGAGUUGCCAGCGGAGAAUUGGAAGUGGACGUAUAAUAACAUCAAGAACCUUUGAUCGGGAUGGCAGAGACAAAGACUUGCGUGACAGAGAUGCUAGAGAAGGAAGGGAGCGAGACUACAAGGAAAAGCGCUUUAGGAGAGAGUUUGGUGAUGGCAAACGUGUUUUUGGUGAGCGGAGACGAUGUGAUUCCUAUACGGAAGAGGAGCCUGAAUGGUUUUCUGCUGGCCCUACUAGUCAGUCAGAAACAAUAGAGCUGACGGGCUUUGAUGAUAAAGUGCUAUUGGAGGAUCCAAGACGGGCAAAGAGGUGGAGAAAGCGAUCAGAAACCCUUAAAGAAGGUGUAGAAUGCAAUGGUGCUGCCCAAGCAGAGAUACCUAUUGUUUCUGCAUCAGAAGCUGACCAAGAAGUUCCCCAGGAAGCAGUCCUGCCUGAACCCUCACUGGGGGACUUUGAUUUCAAUGAGUUCUUCAACAUGGAGAAAAGUGUACCUGGACUAGCAUCGAUGAUUGAAGAGGUGCUUGGAGAAGGAUCAGUGUCAUCCAGCCGGUUCAGUCAGUGGUUCUCAAGUAACUUAAGUAGACCAGGUAGUCGCUCCAGUAGCCUACGGUCUACUCCACAUGAAGAACUUGAGAAGCUUGCUGGUCUGGAGCAAAGGAUCCCAACUCCUGUUUCACAGCUUGGAAACUACUUUGCUCCCAUUCCAUCACGAGAAGAUAACAAGGAGAUUAAUAAAAAGGUUGAUAUUCUAGAAAUACUGCGAAAAGCAAAUGUGGAUGUGAAACCACUGCUGUCCAGUCUUACUGCCAACAAGGAGAAACUAAAGGAGAGUUCACAGACUGGAGUGGUUUUGUCUGUUGAAGAGGUGGAAGCAGAACUGAAGGGUCUCAAAGUGGAAUCCGAGAGGAAGCUUGCCACACCAUUCAUGGUGGAACAUCUAGAACAGACUCUAACUGCAUCAUCUGGUCCCAAACAAAUACAAAAAAAAGACACAGAUAUGACUGCUUUCAAUAAGCUAGUUAAUAGUAUGAAGGCAAGUGGAACUUUGCCUUUGCAAUCAAAGCCCCCUGAAAUUCUACCCCCCCCUGUAAUGGGGCCUCCAUCCCCAGAUAUUCUAGGUGACUUGCUUGGCAGUCAGAAUCAUCACACACCAGUCCUUAAUCAGCAAGGCCAUUCGUCCCCCAUACCAGCAUUCCAGCAGCCAUCCCCUUCGGAGUUCUUCAGAGUCAAGUCUCCAAUUGGUUAUCCCCAAAAUUCAACCCACAUUCAAGAUCACUACCAAGGACUGCCAUUGUCAAAAAAUGUAUCUCCUAUUCCACAGGCUGAUAGUCCAUCCCAGCUGGAUAUGAGACAGGGAGCCAUGGAACGUCUUCCUUUUGCACAAGAUCUGCAUGUGCCUGGUGGGGAAGUUUACCAACCUGGAUAUGGGAAAAUCCGCCACGAACACAGGGAUAGCUACAGUGUCAGGCAGCAGCGAAUUCGUUCACCUGGGCCACCUAGUCAGCAUAGAUUAAAUGCAGCAUCACCAUCACAGGCCUCCUCAUUCACAAACAUGCUUUCUCCAUCAUUCACUCCUACCUCAGUAAUCCGAAAGAUGUUUGAAAGUAAAGACAAAUUCAAGGAUGGGAAGGAAACCCAUCCAGUGAAGGACCUUGUGGAGGAUAGACACGGCCUGAUGGAAGGCCACUUGUCACCUGGUUCUCAACAGGAAAACACAAAUCGAGGAGCAUCUCCUAUAGGAGGGGCAAGGACAACGUACCACAGAUCUGCAUGUACAACUCCUCAGUUAAACCAAAUGCGUUUCACAAAAGACCAAGACUAUAGACCUAGAUCUACAGGAAGGAAAACUCCAACUGGGGCUUCUCCAGUUCCUGGGUCUUCAUUUCCUCGACUCAUUUGUCCUCUGUCCCUCAUGUCACAUGUACCACUUGUGCGUCAGACUCCUCACUUGCCUCCAGGGGUAGUUCAGAGGAUGCUGGCACAAAGCAAUUCACCACAACAGCUGCAACCAGCAUUACUUCAUGCAGGUAUGUUUCAGUCGGGUGUGGAUCUAUCACAUUUGCAAAGCCUUCCUCCAACUCUCCUUGGACAGACUUUCUACCCUCUUCCAGCAAGUGGCCUCCCACUCCUGAAUCCUCGAGCUGCAAUAUCUGCAGCACAGAUUCAGGCAUCUGGGACAUCCCUGCAGCAUCUGGCCAUGAUAAGACAAGUGUUGCAGUCACCAAGUACAAGUGGCCAAGGACCUGGAGCGCAUCUACACUUGAACCAGCCGAAUUCUGCACUGCAACCUCUCCAUCAGAGAAGUGGAUCCCCUGUCAAUCUCUCCAAGUGGUUUGGCAGUGAUGUCCUUCAACAACCAUUGCCAUCUAUGCCUAGUAAAGUGAUCAGUGUGGAUGAACUUGAACUCCAUCAGUAGAAAUGUGGCAAAGUAAAAUAUAUGAAAAGAUGGGAGUUUUUUAGAAGGGAGCUGCAGGCAUCAAAGUACUAGGGGAGUGGUCCGGAAAGUGGAUUUGUUUGUUACCCAGUGUUUCCUGAGCCUCUUGACUGGAAAAAAUGCUACUUGGGAGUAACUAAACCCAACAGUAAGAUAAGUGGAGGAAAGCUUGAUCAGUUGAUCUCUGUGACAAAUGCCUGUCUGGAACACUGGAUACUUUUAAGAAUCCAGUAAACUCUUGUAGAAGAAAAAAGUGUGUUUUUUUUUGAAGGGGCUUUACAAAUGUAGGCCACCAUGGGAAUUGUAUAGACCUUGUGUACAGAAACUUGUGUAAAAUAACAUCUGUACAUAUGCAGUGGGAGACUGUACAUAAAACUGCUGGAAGGAUGAAUGCAAUGACUUGUAAACCAGUUUUGCUGAAAUUUUGUAUCUUUUUUGUGCAAUUUUGCAGCAUGAAUAUUUUUAAUUUCCAAUGCACUACAUGGUUCCUGAGCAGGCCUGUGAACAUUGACCAGUAGGUAGUAACUGAGCAGACAACCCUGUACUGGGAAUAUUGUGUAUAUACUAGAUUUGAUUUAAUGCUGGGAGUAGCAAGUGGCAGAAAACACUGUAAACUUUUUUUGUUGAAAAAUCUAGGUGAGAUUGGAUCCAGUUUAUUGUUAUGGGGCUAGGACCCAAGUCUUCAGCAUCAAGUCAUCCUUGGUCAUCUAGUUGAUUCUGAUGUCCACAAAGACUGUUUGGGUUGAAUUGGGGCAGGGGGGGGAUGUAGGCUUGAAUUUGUUAACUUUCAUUUUGCAAAAAGAUGGCUGAGUGAGUUGUAAAUUUGCUUACCAGUUGGGCACAAGCCCCUCAGCACCCAUACAAUGUUGCCUCUAGCGUUCAGAAAGUAGUGUGGUUUCUUGUGCCUUUUUUUUUUGCUCUGUGGCUAAAAAGGCUAUUUUCUCCUCCCUCUCCCAAACCAAUUUAAUGUACUGACCCUUCUCUACACAGUAAAGCUCUGCUUUGCAUUGUUCAGUAAUGUGACCCAUAACUGCUGGAAUUCAUUGUUUUAGGGAAGGGAAAGCACAAAGAUUUUCAAAAGGAUAAUAAAAUAUGAAUUCAAUGUUAAGCUUCCAAUUAAUGAAAAAAUUUCUCCCAAAAUGUCAAUCUUGUAUGUAGAAUUGCAGGCAGUGUUAAAUAUUGGUUCUAUUACAAAUCAGCAUUUAAGUUUGUCUAUCCAUCUGAACUACAGAUCUAUGAAUACUUCUGUGUUUACACAGUUGUUUGAACAUCCCCUGCACAAGAAUAUGAUAUAGGACAUGAAUUGUGAUAAAUGACAAAUUUUCAUUUUGAUUAUGUACCUUGCCUCUAUUCUAGUAUUUUAAAAUUAGUAUUUAUUAAUAUCAAAUAGCAACCAAGUAUACAGCAGUCUUGCAGUAGUGACAAGAUGCUCAUGAUUCAAAAAUUGCUUACAACUGUGGAAAGGAUACUGAUUCUCUUCAACAGAGCCACCAACCACCCUAGGUGGAUGCAAACAUAGACUUGUAGUACAAUAGCCUGAUAUUGUAAGCUCCACAUACAGGCUAAAGAUCUGCAGAAUGGACUUGUUUCUCUAACUCAGCUUUGUCUAACCAAUCCCAGUGGUGUUUGCACAAUGCAGUAAACUCAUUAGACAUGUUACCAAUAGUACUACACAAGAUUCUUUACAGAUUGGUCAACUACAGGUGUCAUUUUCUGUACUUGCCCAAUUCUCUCAUUGCAGAUUACUGGGUAAUAAAUCUGAACUAGGAGUUGCCAAAUUCAGUGAUCAGUUCAUUUGAUAUGAGCUGCCAAGGUCUAACACAUUUAUCCAUGACUGAAAACUAACUUGUUCCAACAUUGAAUUGUAUUUAACAUCAUUUGCCUUUCUAUAGUUGUGGUGAGUUCAAGAUUUCAUGUUUACAUCUAAAGUGCUAAACAGCUCAAGCCAGUGGAAUCAAAGGUAUGGUGGAUAAUUACAGUUCAUAGUAACUUUUUAUUCUGCUAAGGGCACUGCCUUGAAAUGAGUGCUGCAUCAUUUUGCCUCUUACAGUAGGAGGCCAUUUUGCCCCCUGAGUCAGUUGUUCAAUAUGAUCAAUACUAAUAUCAAAUCUGCAGAUGCUG